GUUUUGUUCGCUAAAAUAAUAGUUUUUCCAAUGUCGUCCGUCGCGUCUUACGAUAUGUUGCUUUAAGCUUUUAUAUUGUGGCAGAGAAUUAUGCGGUCCGCCAGAAUCGCGAUUUUGUUGACUGACUAACGUUAGCUUUAAUAUGUACAGUGGACUUCUGCCGUCGGGUCUCACCGAGGCUGAUCUGAGCUCUGAUGAUGCUGAUGAAGGAGAAACAGCAGAAAAGACAGACGAACACCAGACGCAUCAGUCAGGCACCGAGCCUCAUUCAGCUUCUGCACAGGUUGAAUGUAAUAACCGGAAAUCUGACGUUCAUGAUGAUGCAUUAGAGGAAGAUUGUCUUCCUGGAGUCUCCUUGGAUAUGUGGAAAAAGUUCAAAGAUCUCCAAAGAGCAAAACAUGACCAGAGUUUGAGGCCACCACAAAUCAAACGGCAAAGGAAAAGGCGCCAUAAGAAAGGUGGGACAGAGAAUUGCAGCUCUGAACAGAAAAGGGAGCCUGAAGAGAAACGGAAGGAGCACUGGAAGGAGCUCACGCAGUAUUUUGGCAUCAGUGAUAGAUUCAAGCCGCCUUCAUGUAGCAAACCUCCUCUCAUGUCAGGCCUGGAAAAGAGCAUAGAGAGUGCCAUCGCUGAAGGGGACUAUGGGAAGGCGGAAGAACUGAGUGACAGCCUUGCUACUCGAGAGCUGGCCGUGAAAAUCGCACAAGCCGCCGAUUGCCGUGACUUCUCCCGCACCAAACAGGAAGCGGAGGCUUCCCGGGCAGCCCAAAAAAGGAGGAAGCAAAUCGCUUGGGGGUUUGAAGCAAAGAAACGAUGGGAAACCAAAAGCAAUAUGGGGUUCAUGUGACUUUCACAUUUCUGAAGAGUACAGAUUGAAAAUUGUCUAUAGAGGUAAUCUUUCCAUAAUGCAGUAUUAUUGCAUUUAGAUAUCUUUGUUCGUCGUUCCAUAUUUGGUUCUCUUUGAAUCAGUAUUUUGAUUGUUCAGAUUUGUGGGUAAUUUUAUAUAGUGAAAUAAAUUCCCUAAGCAUAC